AGGGGAGUGCACCCAUUCUGAAAAGCUAUUUAAGACGCCGCUUGAAGAGCCAUCAGUCCCUUCAUCACUCACCAGCUCCAACGACUUCUAAGGACAUCCUACAAACCCAACAACCCCAAUAACCAACAAACAUCCACCCCUUACAAAAAGACCGCGAACCAGUCAUGAACUGCCUCUUCUACGGCGCUUGCUUUUUGGCCCUCCUCCAGUCAGCACUGGCCAUGCCGACUCUUGCGCCACGAGCAGACCAGGUCGCAGCUUCCCACAAAGGACAAUCGGACGAGAAAUGCUACUUCGGAUGCGGGUUCAGCAAUUACGGCCUUUACGGUUCCCCAUUUGGCAGCUCUUACCUCUCGAACUACAUGAGCCCGUACUUCUACGGAAACUCUCUUUAUGGAGGCCUCAAUUACAACUUGGCUUACAACAGCUACGGAUCUGACUUUGGGAUCGGCGCUAACGUAGGGCUAUUCAAGAAAGACGCGUCUGAAGCAAACAAGCACCAAGAGAACUCGGCCUGAGAGCGCGAUUUUAUGGAUUUAACGAUGGUCCCGUUUAGAAGUAAUUAAUUGUAUAAUAAUGGCAAUCUGCACUUAUUUAUGCCCUAAUCGUUAUGUUUUCCAAGUGAUCAAUCGAUGUCCUCCAGUUACAUGUAUCCUUUGAAUAAUUGCACUGCGUAUCUUAAAUUUUUACGCGUUUUUUUUUCUUGUAUCAUCACUUGGAAAGCAUCAAAUGCCAUCUUAGGAAUUUGUCUGCAGCAAAAUAAAUGUUUGUGCACACUGCAUGUUUAAGAACUUAGUGCGAAUGGGAAAGAAGGUCACCAGAUCCGUGAAGUGCUACCCAUUAUGUUGCUUGAAGCAAAUUGUAAGACUUUCUCAGGUUACAUUGGA